CGUAGAUUAUACAACUGGCACCCGGAAAAACCCAACAUCGAGAACUAUUUUCUACACUAACAGAAAAACAUUACUUUUUUUUUUAAUUUAGAAAACAAAUAAGUUGCCAAUCAGCAUCCUAAACUUGUGUUGUGUGAUAAUGAAUUGAACCUCUGUAUUUUUUCCUCUGUGAAGAAAUUUACUAAGCAUUGUAAGCUGUGGUGAACAUGUUAUCACGUGACCUCACAUCGGCGGGAAAAUUACAUCAGGUGACCUCCAAAAGACCAUUACAUCUUUCUCACAAGAUCUUCUUGAGGUGAAGCUGAACUUUGAAGUCACAGAAUGUGCUCAGCAUGGAAACCAUACCCCCUUGAUGGAAAACCCCAGAACAGUCUUGCUGCAAAAGGUUUCCGGAGUGUAAGACCAAAAUUCCUUGAAUCUGUCAAGAAACCAACACUCCAGCAUUCAGAUCAAAAUGUGAAGGACAAUAUCAAAGAGUCAAAUGACAUUACACAAGCAAAAGAUUUCCUCUCUUCAGAUUUAUCAAACCAAGGAACACAUUUCGUGAGCUGUCCAUCAAACAUCACACAUGACAAUGAAUCAGAACCUGACAAAAAAAGUGAUUCAUUGGAUUCCAAACUGGACCUCAAUCCAGACUACAAAGUCCAACUGCAAUCUACUAGUCAGAAGAUGAACACAGCCAAUAUAUUGUCUACUACUUCUGUGAUGAUUUCAGAAAAUGGAUGCUCACAUUUGAUGCCAAAAAAAGUUCCAACUGAAGAUGGAUCAAAGACUUUGUACAGUUCAAUUCUUAAAAGUGAUCAUAGCAUUCCAAAGGCAGAUAAUUAUAGAUUGUCUUCUAAUAUUGACACCAAGUGGGAAGCUAAUCCAACAAAACAGCCCUCUUCUGGCUCUGGCACAGUUAAUAUAUCAAGAUCACAAUUAACAAGACCGUUGUCCUACAAUUCAACAGUAAAGGAAAACUACACAAUAAAGUGUCCUUCUUUGUCCGUACCACAUCGGGAUUCUGAGCAUGAAAAACAAAAUGGUAGCAUUCAGUCACAGUAUCCACGGCCUGAAAGAGAACAAAGUGCUUCCAACCCCUUAUCAGCCAAUCCUUGUGAUAGCCAAAACUGCAUCUCUCUAAGAGGCUGUCAGUGUACAAAGCCCAAGGAAAUACCUCCCAAUUCAUUGCCAGCAAAAGAACUUCAUUCAUAUUUCUUUGCCACAGCCAAUCCAGAAGACAGGAACUGCAGGUCACUUCCAAAUGGCAAAUUUGAUGCCCACAGAUAUCAUAUUGAACCAGCAAAUGUCUUUGCUUAUGAGCCUGAAAAAUCAUCUGUUUCAGAUUAUGGCCUCCACAGAUCUAGACAAAAUAGGACAUUGGGGGAUACAUGCCUACCUAAGAUUCGAUCACUCCCAGCAUUGGAAGCAGCAACCAGUCAGCUGACUCUCAGAGUCCCCAUUCAGCACAAUGGGUCAGACACAGAUCCAGACCAAUGCUUGGAAAUCAGACAUGACUCAACUAAUCUACCUUCUGUAGAUGCUGAAAAUGAUAAAAAUAAAAUCAACAUCAAAGAUACAGUAAACAAUGCCAAUCUAAAUUGCCAGUCCCAAAAGCAAGAACUUCAAGAGGAGAUAUUUGAUCCAAAACAACAGAUGAAAAAGGGAUGGAUUGUAAGAGUGAACUAUGACUUCCACGGCCAAACAUCAAAAGAAUUGCCUGUCAAAAAGGGAGACAUCGUCUUCAUCCACAGACAGAGGGAUAACAACUGGUAUGAAGGCGAAUGCAAUGGAAACAGAGGCUUGCUCCCAAUUUGCUAUGUUGAGCCGACUUCUGAGCUUCAACCACAGAAAGAUACAAUCGAAGAACUAGCAAUUGCCAAAUUCAGAUUUAAUGCAUUAACAAACAUAGAGUUACCACUUGAAAAGGAUCAGACAGUAGUUUUGCUCCGGAGAAUAGAUGAGAAUUGGUAUGAAGGAAAAUACCCUGGGACAAAUCGUAAAGGGAUAUUUCCUGUCACUUAUGUUGAAGUCAUUGGAAAACCACUGGAUCCCAUCUGUCACAAAGAACAUGAAACAUCUGCAGGUGAUCUGAAAAUAGAAACAGCUUCCCAGGGGUCUCUACAUCAGCUUCAUCAAAGAAAUGUGAAUAAUAAGAACAUUCAGCAUGGUGAAGAAAUAUACUUGGCUUUGUAUUCCUUUGCUCCCAACAAAGAUGAUGAAUUGGAACUCAGAGAAGGAGACCUUGUUAGUGUUAUUAGCAAAUGGGAUGAUGGUUGGUACUUAGGUACAUCCUUAAGAACCAGAAAAUCUGGCACCUUCCCAGGAAAUUACGUGCGAAAAUAUGACGACUCUGUUUAAUUGUCCUUGGCCAAUUUCUAGGCUGUAUUUGUUAGGAAAUAUGGUCAGAAUGUCCAGUCCAAAGAUAAAAUCAAAAUGCUGAUGAUAAAAUUCAACCGAACAGAACAUUAUGAAAUGUUUUUAAUAAGUUUUGUGCUAAUUUAUCACAAGGAUGUUGGUGCACUACUACAGUCGACCUUCACUAAUCCAACUACCUGUAAUCCGGUUCCUUCGAUAAUCCGGCACUGAUUAUGCUUAAUGUGAUUCUUUUGUAAUUUGGCAUUUUUACUAAUCCGGCACUCCUCAGGUCCCAAGGAUUCGUGAAGGUCGACCUGCAGUUUAAGUUGAUAGUUCUCAAAACCAUUACUAUGUAAACAACCUCUAUGAUCAUUUAUACCAUUCUUAUGUUACCUCUGUCAAAACUUUAAACAGUUAUUGAAAUAACUUCAUCUGCUAAAUAAGAGAUAAGGAUUGCAAGCUUAUUUCAAUUUCCCAAGUUUUUAGUAGGGGUAAGUUUACAAUAUAUAAUUUUAGAAGUAUUUGAAUCUAAAAUGACACUUUCCAAUGUUUGACGUUUUUGAAAUUUAUAAUAAAAUAAACAUUCUUAUUAAGACAUUCAUAUCUGAGAACAUGAAAAAUAUCUCUUGCUGUCUUUUUUGAAGUAAGUUGUACUUUAUGUGCAAACAUGUUUUGCACAUUAGUUUGAUGUCACUAAAUUUUGGCAAUAUCUUUGAGUCAAAGUGGGACAUGAAUAUGGAAGUCCUCAAUAUCCUAAUUUUCUUUGUCUUAUGUGUAUUUUUGUGUACUUCUGGUUAAUAAGCAGCUGUUAAACAUCUUUUUUGGUAAAGGAAGAUUAUUCAACUCUUAAUUACUUCAAUUCCCCAAGUAAAUAGGCCAUUAAUUCCUUCAUUGAAAUUGGUGUUUAUAGGAGGCUGCUUUCAGAAUGGGGGCAAGGACCACUUGGCAGACACCUCAGAAGUGCACAUUUUCCAGAUGUACUCCAGUUUUAUACUUUGGGAAGCUUUUUAGCUUUUCUCUGAAAUUUUCUGACUGGCAACUAGCUCAAGUAGCACACCAGGUCUCUGUUGGUUGGUUAACUCUAUCGCAGAAGGUCACAGGUAAGGAAAAGGCAUAGCAAAAGAAAAUGAUUAUGAUGGGGUGGAGAGGAGAGAUGAGAGGGAGGUUGCAAGAGUGGUGAGAGCAUAGUCAGGGGAAAUAUAGCUGGUAGUAUUAUUUGGGAUAUAGCUUGUGGUUGCAGGAGAUUAGUGGGAGGAGUGGUGUUAUUCAGCAACUGAGGAUCUGAAAGGAGAGGUUAAUUGGGCCCUGGUUCCUCCUCUAACCCACUCUUUGCUCACCCUAACACAGCAAGCACCUUUCUCACCAUUUUAUCUGCUGGAUUUCUUAAGGCCCAAAACUGUUCAGAAUUUAAGAGCUAAACAGCAUGGACAUGGAUCCAGGCCCUUCGGCCACCCUCAGUUGUCUAACUGAGCUAGUCCCAUCUGCCUGCAUAGAAAAAUGAAAAACAUACCUAUAAAAAUGAGGGCAGAAUUAUUUUUAUAAACUUGCACUGACCUUGCACCUUUUGAGUGGAAGUUUGUCCUUAUUCCACUUAGUAAUUAUGAGAAGGCAGAAGUGGUUGAACUAGCUUGGGUUUGAGGCUGGCAUUGUAUUCUAUGUUAAAUUUUUCCUUUCCCAUAGCCAUUUCUCAGAAUC